AGAAUAUUUCACGUUAUAUGGCCUCGCAGCUACCCAUCUUCGGACAUAGCGGACAGCGCUUAGAAAUACAAAGAACCGUCUAGGCCAAAUCGGCGAAAGUCUCCGCAAUAGUAGUGACGGAAUAGAUCGAUACAUAAGUGAGAUAUAAGCCGCAUCAUUGUAGAUCAAAGGGACCUUUGUUCAAAGCUACCCACCUAUUCAAUACUUGUCUCUAUUGUUAUAUUCCAUCCACUACUAUCUACCAUGCCGACUGUAUUAAUUAUCGGUGCCGGACCGAGAGUUGGCCAAGCCUCCGCCGAAGCCUUUGCGGCAGCGGGUUUCCAAGUUGCCGUAGCAUCUAGGAAACAAAACACCGGUGCCAAUUACCGACACUAUACCUUCGAUGCCGCCGAACCAGACAAGGUCCCAGCACUCUUCGAGAAAGUCUCCGCAGAUCUCGGCAUACCAAGCGUCGUCAUAUAUAACGCGUAUAAAGGCGGCAUGACACCACCGGACAGUCCGUUCGAGCUAGGACUUGAAGACUUCCAAGCCGGGUUAAAUGUAAACACGACUACCCCUUUCAUCGCAGCAAGAGAGGCUGUGAAGGGGUUCGAGAAGCUCGGUCCUUCCCAACUUGGCCCUGCGGGCGGUACCUUCAUCUUUACGGGGAACAUGUUAAAUAUCAGCGCUAUCCCGGGCUUGAUGGCAUUCGGAAUGCAAAAGAACGCCACGGCGAACAUGAUCAGGCACCUUGCCCUGGCCGCAUACAAUGGAAAGCCGUACAAAUUCUACUACGCCGACGAAAGGCACGCAGAUGGAAGCUACGUGACCACCGACCUCAGUGGCCCCGGCCACGCAGAGCUAUUCCUUGGCUUGGCGAAGAAUGCGAAGCAGGGACCUUGGGAUCACACAUUUGUUUCGGGGAAAGGGUAUGUCGAGUUCCCGCAACAGGAAUCCUUGGCUUGGUACCCAUGAUUUGGCAUAGAAUUGUUGGAUGAUGAAUUGGGUUAGUUGGGGGGUGUGAGAUAUUGGAUGGGAGACUGAUCAACAUAUCAUGAGGUCCUAUCAUUCUAUUCCUGGUAAUAUGGAACUACCCUUUGUGUAUUAGGCUUAGCUAUAACUACCUAGAGUCCACGUAGAGCAUCUACAAUUGACACAAUUAUGCACAUGA